AUGGUUGGUGUUCCUGGCAAAUACAAGGGUUGCGAGACUUGUAGGGCGAGGAGGGUCAAGUGCGAUAACCAGCGGCCCAAGUGCAAGAGAUGCAUCGAUGGCGGCCGCGAGUGUGCCGGGUACGAGCGUGAGAGGGUCUUCAUCAUGGCCACUGUCGACGACGCAGGCCGGUGUUCCUCUCAUCCGCCGCGCCAUGUCAGCUCGUCUGCUUCAUCGUCGAAGAAGGGCAAGUCAGUCACGCCGGAGAGAAAGAAGGGCAAGUCCAUCAGCCCUGAGACGAAGAAGAGCAAGUCGAAUAGCCCCGAAAGUGAUGUAAUGGAGUUGGCUGCCAUGGAGCCCUUGGCCCCUGCUUGGGAUGAUCUGCUCUUCGUCGAAAACAAGGGCGUCACCUACCUGGUGCAAAUGACCGUGCUUCAGGCAAACGUUCAGAACAUUGGAAAGGGUAAGAAGAAGGCCAACGCCAAGGUCGCCCUGACGCCCUACUCCCCAUCUGGUCUGUACUUUCUCAAAAAGGGGCGAGAGCUCGAAGUCUCGGCCCAUUCCUUGGUCAGCCUGUCUUCGCCGGACGAGGACAAUGGCUCGUUGAACGGAACAUUCACUUUCUUAUUUGAUGACAAACUGAGCCGCGUAAGGAAAGCUGGCCCAGAGAGCUACCAAUACUUUCCGGCCCAUCAUUAUUUUGUGCGUGUAUACAGACAGACGGCUGUGAUGCUCGCCCUCCUCAACAAGAAGAUGACUUUUCUCGCCGAGGAAGCAUGGUGUACAACCCCUUGGGAAUACCACCCCAAGUCUGUUCUCGACUUUCUCCUCGAUACCCUUGUCUUGCUCCCAGGAGUCUUUUCCCGCGCCGACCUCAUCACCCCCAAACAAGCCACGCUGGCCCGCCGUCUGGAGGCCCAAGAACUGCUCUACGACUGCCUGGCCGUUGAAUCACAGCUCGACGGCUGGUACGCCACCCUGAACCCAGCGUCAGACCCCGCCUACUGGGCGGCCAAUCCUGCCGACCCCUCGGCCCUCCCCGCCUACCAACCGCUGCCGUUCGCCGACGCCUUUUCGUUUCGCGACAGCACGACGGCCCUCGCGCUGAUCACCUACUGGACCGCCACCCUCCUCUUCCGCGCCACCGUCGACCGCGUCCACGCCGCAGUCUGCGCGCCGGUCCUCGAGGACUUUCAAGACAUGUACGCCGACCUGUCGCCCACCCUGCAGAUCGACACGAACAGGUACCGUCGGCCGAGGGACUACGCGGCGCGCAUCUGCCGCAGCCUCGAGUUUGCCCUGGGUGCCGGCGUUCAGGUGGACGCCUUGGUCGCGCCCCUUGCGGUUGCCCACGGCGUGUUUCGCGAGACCAACGCCGUCUCCGCGGACGGGGCGCUUGAGAUGUUGUGGUGUGAAGGGUUCAGGGAGAAGCUGGUGGCUGAGGGGCAGCGGGUUGCCCAGGCCGUCAUGGAUCAGAGGUGGGUUGACCUGGGACAGUUCUGA